AUGGCGGCAGAUGUAUUGGCACCUGGUUUCUGGGAGCUCGGAAGUUACAAACACAAUGUAAAACGGAUCAAGGUUAGUCUAAAGGGCCGAAAUUAUUUCUUGAGAUUUUCACAUCCUAGAUCUUGGAACGAAAAUCAAAAUUCAACAUCAAACUAUGUUUUCAAAAUAUUUUCAAUCUCCAAGUGCAACAUUUUUUUUUAAAUCUCAAAGUUAUUAUCUACCCAUACAGAAGAAAUAUCGAUUUUUUUUCUUGUUAAAAUAAAAGUGCAAAUACGCAUAUUGUUUAUACAUGAAUGAAAAAGCGUGCAUUUUCAAGUGAUAACAACAAUCUUUUAUCUGUGACCGCAAUAUUCAUAUUUACAUACAUAAGUAAAUCAUUUUUUCCAGGAUGGCAUUGAUCAAUUGGAUGAUUUUUGUAAAAUGAACAGAGAACGAGCGGAAAUUGAGGCAAAAUAUAGUAAAAUGUUGGCACAAUAUUCGGAAAAAUGGAAAAGUCAUGUUGAUAGAACAAUACCGGCUGGAAGUGUCAAAACUGUUAUGAAUGAACUUAUUGGAGAAUCGUCUGCUAUUUCUAGAAUACACAAUAAUUUGAAAGAUCAUCUACUAGAAGAUGUGAGAUUUUUUGUGGAUUUUCAAAGAUAACCUCUUGUUUUAUAGAUUGUCAAAGACACCACAAAUUUCCGUAAAAAUAGUUUGCACACCUCGGUAUUCAAAGGGCCUAAAGAAAUUCGAGAAAUCGAAGAUCUCUUUGAAAAGGUAUGUGAUUGUUUGUUUUUCAUGAGCUUAUUCUCAUUCUACGAUAAAAUUUUCAGGCACAAAAACCGUGGAAAAAGUUGAUUGAUAAAAUGGAGGACAAACGUGCAAAAUAUUAUAGUGCUUGUCGGCAGGAGAAAUCUGCGAUGGUUAAUUUGCAAAACUCUCAGACAGAUUCUUCAAUAUCUGCUGAUCAUGCAUCGAAAUUCAGAGAUCGUCAUGAAAAAUUGAGAGAAGAAGUUCAGAAAACUCGAGUAGAUUAUGAAUCUUCAUUGAAUAAAUUGAGUGAAUACAAGUGAGCGAAACCCCGCAAAAAUUCUCAAUCCCUAAAUGGAUUGUUAAUUUCAGAAAUGUAUAUAUUGAAGCUAUGAGUCAUGUGUUCAAAAUGUGUCAAGAGAAAGAAUUUGACAGGUCACAGUUUCUAAUUGCCGUUGUUUCAAAGACACAGAAAUUCCACGCCGAACUGAUUCGUAGUAGUCAGUAAGUUCUUUCAUCUUUUUUUCCCUUUUUUUUUCGUGAUAACAGUUUUUCUUUGAACAGUUGUGUGUAGAUUGACUGAUUGAUAUAAUAGCAAAAACACUUCCCUUUUUCAACAUGACAUUUAUCAAAUUCUAGAUUAUCUGGUCUACAUCAACAACUCGAACAAACAAUCAAAAGUUCGGAUGCUGAUUCAAUCAAACGCGAUCUUGCCCAAUGGUCAAGUGUGAACGGUGUUGAUGCGCAUUGUAAUUGGCCAAGUUUCCACGUGAGAAAAUGAUUGAUAUUUUUAUUUAUUGAAUUAAAUUGUUUUGUUUUUUAAGGAAUACUCACCUGAACAUCGUAAUAUUGCGGCACGUGGGUCAACAAAAGAUACCGGUGGUGUUAUCUUAACUCGACAAAUCAAUAAAAGUGAUGAUAUUCCGGUUGCGACAGCAACUCAAAUCACAACAAACACUUUACCAUCAGUUGCAGUUAAUACAACUAUUUCAACAACCACUUAUGAUGUUGGAAAAACUAGUCCGAAAAGUAGCAGUGAUUCAGAUACAAAUACUUUUGAUAGUCGAAAACACAAUAAUACAACUAAUAAAAGUAGUUAUAAUAACAAUAAUCAUCAAACUGCUCCUCCAAUUGGCUGGAAUCCAGGUUAGAAUAGUUUUUGAGUUUUCCAACUAGAAACUGUUUUUUUCAGCAUCUGCACCUGAUUCACCACCUCUAUCAUCUGAAACACCAGAUUCUGCAAAAUAUGGAGAUUUCGAAGAAUUCACAACAAGCAAACAAGCAUUAGUGUUAUAUGAUUAUGCUCCAGCGGAAGGAGAUGAGAUUCCUCUGAAAAAAGGAGAUAUGAUUGAAGUUCUCACUGAUCCAGAUUCUCUUGGUUGGUGCACAGGAAGAUCGAACAAUAAAGUCGGAUUGUUCCCAGCGAGUUAUGUGCAGUGUCAAAAUUCUAAAUAA